AUGGUAUCAGCAUUAUUAGUGACAACAUUUGGUGCUAUCCUAAUAUGGGGAAAAGAUCAAAUUAUAAAAGAAUCAAAUGAUGUAAUUGGUCCAUUGAUACAUAAGCUAUACGGGGAAACAGUGGCACGUGAUUUUACAGAUUUGGCAUCAAAUAUAUUAAGAUUUACAAGUCCAUUUGGUUUGGUCUUCUUUGUCCUGGGCAUUGUGUCACUGGCUAUUUGUUUAUUCGGUUUCUGUGGAGCAUGCUGCAAAAAUCGUACCUGUCUUAAAACGUACAUUGGAUUGUUAUUAGUGCUAGUUAUUUUGGAAGUUACAUCAUUAAGUUUUUAUUAUGGUGAUCGGGAAUCGGUCUUCAAAUUGGCUAGAAAUUUGGCGGAAGAAUCACUGACGAAAUAUCAUUCAAUUUAUUCCAGUGAUACGGACAGCCUUAUUUUCUCAGUUAUAAUGCCAGCGCUGAACUGCUGUGGCUUAGUUAAUGGUUCAGAUUUCGAUAAUGCUCCCAAUUUUAAAAGGACCACCAUCUUCAAUGACCAGAUUUAUAAUCUUAAAUAUCCUAUUCCAUGCUGUAAAAUGGAUUCCCAAUUCGUCAUUAUUGAUCCAACAUGUCCAGGAGAAUUCAAUGAGAAGAAUUCAAAUAUAAAACGAGGUUGUUGGGAUCAAUUAUCAUCAAUGCUCAGCUUUUAUAUUGGUUUACUAGCUAUCGCGGGAGUUGUCAUCCUCUUAUUUCAAGUAAGAAAAUCCCAUUACUUAUAA